AUGAAGUGGAGUAACAUCAACAUCACCAAUGGGACAUCAUCUUUCUCUGGACAAUGCCACAGAGACACCAGAAUUGCACAUGUAGUAUUCCCAAUCCUAUACACUGUCAUUUUCCUUACUGGAGUUAUAUUGAACAGUUUGGCUAUUCGAGCUUUUUUCCAAAUUCAAAGCACCUCAACUUUCAUCGUCUACCUCAAAAACACUUUGGUUUCUGAUUUCAUAAUGACUCUUAUGCUUCCUCUGAAAAUUCUUACUGAUUCAGGACUGGGACCAUGGCAACUUAAAGCUUUUGUUUGUCGCUUUUCAGCUGUGAUAUUUUAUGAAACCAUGUAUGUUAGCAUAGUACUACUUGGACUUAUUGCUUUUGACAGAUUUCUCAAGAUUGUGCGACCUUUUGGGAAGUUUUGGGUGCAAAAUGUCACUGCUGCACAAAUUCUUUCAGGUCUUGUUUGGCUUUUCUUCUUUGUCCUCUCCUUGCCAAAUAUGAUUUUAUCAAACAACAAAGCAACACCCCUUUCCGUGAAGAAAUGUGCUUCUCUGAAGAAUCCCUUAGGACUGAAAUGGCAUGCAGCUGUCAAUUACAUAUGUCAGUUUAUCUUCUGGACUGUGCUAAUUCUAAUGCUUCUAUUUUAUGCAAUUAUUACCAAAAAGGUAUAUAAUUCUUAUAUAAAAACUCAAAAGAAAGAUAGCAAAAGCAAACAGAGGAUUAAUGGGAAAGUAUUCAUCAUUGUAGCUGUCUUUUUCAUAUGUUUUGCCCCAUUUCAUUUUUGUAGAGUACCAUACACACUAAGUCAAACUGGCAAUACAAGUGACUGCAAUGUACAGAACCUAUUAUUCAUUGCUAAAGAAAGUACUCUUUGGCUAGCUACUACAAAUAUUUGCAUGGAUCCUUUGAUAUACAUAAUCUUGUGCAGAUCAUUUGUAGAAAAAGCAUUCUGUGUUAAAAUGAAAAAAUUUAGAAGUACAAUGAGGGAAAAUCCAACAGUCCCCUUGGACACCAGAAUAUCUGUAUAG